AUGUCUGACCAAGAAGAUGCCUUCAAUGACGGUAACGAAAACUUUGAAAACUUUGACAAUGAAUACUUCUCCGAUGAAGAAAACUUUGAUAACGGUACCACGCAGAAUGGUGAGGGAAAGAAUUUUGUUGAUGGUGUGAGUAAAGAUGAAAAUGGAAAUACAAUUAUUACAGGCGGACUAGGACCUGAUUCUCACAAGGAUGAACAAUUACAAAGAAGAAAGACUUUGAAAGAAAAAGCUAUUGCUAAAGAGGAAAGAACUACCACUCCAUAUAUGACUAAAUACGAACGUGCGAGAAUUCUAGGUACUAGAGCUUUGCAAAUCUCCAUGAACGCUCCGGUGUUUGUCGAUUUAGAAGGUGAAACUGACCCUCUAAGAAUAGCCAUGAAGGAAUUAGCUGAAAAAAAGAUUCCAUUAGUCAUUAGAAGAUAUUUACCUGACGGUUCAUUUGAAGAUUGGAGUGUUGAAGAAUUAAUCGUGGAUUUAUAA